AUGUUUCAGCGACCUUGUCGAGUUCAUCCGUUGACGGAGAGUCAGGGAAACGACCAGGAGAGGAAGGUGGUGGAGAAAGGGAAGAAGAAAAAGAAGUGGUGGAGGUUGUCUUCUUUGUUUGGAGCUGUGAAGAAACAUCUGAAGCGCAGCUCGAACCCAGUUCAGGGUGAAGUAGAGCUGCAGCAAGAGCAAGAGCAGAGUGAGGGAGUGAAGAACCAGAACCAGUGUAAAGACAGAUGCAGUGAUGACUACACUGUCAGACACAACCUCGUGAGUGAUCAGCUGUGUGAAGGUGGAUUUGACGCUGAGGCGACACGUUUGAAGGAUGACCCUGAACUUGGAUCUCCACAACGUCUUCCAGAGGAGAAUGAUCUCAACAUCCUGAGCACUGCUGAUGCUGCUGAGGGAAACGACCAGGAGAGGAAGGUGAUGGAGAAAGAGAAAAAGAAAAAGAAGUGGAACCAGAAAGAACAGAAAGCCAGAUGCAGUGAUGACUUCAUUUCCAGCCACUACCAGCUGGGUGAUCUGCUGGGUGAAGGUGGAUUUGGUUCUGUGUAUGAGGCGAGACGUUUGGAGGAUGACCUUAAAGUGGCGGUCAAAUAUGUUAAUAAGACCGAAACCUACAGGCCAAGUUUAUACAUUCCUGGAUAUCAGCAACAUGUUCCACUGGAGAUCGCUCUCACAAUCCUGGCUAAUAAAGGCCCCAGAGUGCCAGAGAUCAUCCAGCUGCUGGACUGGAAGGACUACAGUGACCAUUUCGUCAUGAUCCUUGAAUGUCCCUCUCCUUGCGAGACUUUGGAAGACUUUGUGGGGCGUCAGGGUGGACGUCUCAAUGAGAGCUUAGCACGGCGAGUCAUGAUGCAGGUGACUAAAGCUGCGAACGUGUGCUGCCAGCGCCAAGUGUUCCACCGUGACAUCAAACUGAGCAACCUUCUCAUCAACAACCAGACACUUGAAGUCAAACUAAUUGACUUUGGGUGUGGGGACAUUCUGAGGACAACUGUCUACAUGUCAUACUCUGGCACAGCAACAUACGUCCCUCCUGAGUUUCACAUAAAGGGAAAGUACCACGGCAAGCCUGCGACGGUUUGGUCACUGGGGGUUCUGUUAUUUAAAAUAGUGGCCGGAUAUUAUCCAGGUUUCUUAGAUCUGCACAUGCUCAAACUGCAUCUCUGGUCCAGAACUGGUCUGUCAAACGAAUGCUGCAGAUUGCUCCGCGCUCUCCUGCAAAUAAAGCCAAAGAACCGAAUUCAGCUGGAGGAAAUCCUUUCCCACAAGUGGUUUACGGCCACCACAUAAGACCACCUCAGAAGUUGUUGUAUCUUCAGCUCUCCAAUGGUUCCUGCAAUAGUUGCAGCAGUAUCAGAGGCCCAGUCUACAACGUCUGUCCCCUGCAGUCCAAAACAUCCCAGAAAAGCUGUUUUAAACUAGAAUAUAUAUUAAGUUAAAAUGUUAUUGUCACCUUAACGUUUUAAUUGAUUAACGGCAACAAUUAUUUUAUCGCGCGUUAACAGUUGUUUGUUAAUAUGAAAGUCCAUUGCUCACUGGCUCUGAAUACACAUACAGUCAAAGCAUGGGUCACAGGAGGAGUGGGAUGUUGAUCAGUACUGACUUGGGAUGGGUGUCAUCACGUGUCUCAACCAAUGAGAGCAUUUGUGGUGGGCCUAAGACUGCAGCAGCUCACAUGAAGUGCUCGGGACUUCAUAAGUGGGAAACCCAAAGUUUCUGUUAACACGUAAAGGCAGCAGAGAAGCGCUCUCGCUCAACACAGUGGAGUGCAUCGAUUUGUUUUAAGUCUUUUGUGAAGCGGUAAAACACGGCCCUCUCAAAAUACACAGAAAUCUGCUGAAAUCAUCCGUGAAGC